AUGGAUGUGGACAUAAUCGCCGGCAUCGCUACCAAUGAGGGCUCAAUGCUAUCGCAAUCAACACUUCCCGCGAAAGACAAUAUAACUGUCGGUGACUUUAUUGAGGCCACGAAGACGUCGGACAGUGUUUACCACGGAUUGGAUGUGAAACGUGUGGACGACUAUUAUCUACAAAAUGUCGACAAAAACAGUUCACUUGAGCUCAAGAAAGCGUUUUAUCAAUUGUUUGGCGAUUUAAUAAUGAAAUGUCCGACAUAUCUGUUUGCCAAACAAGUGGCCGCCAAUGCUAAACAAGGUCGUAAUGUAUAUUUCUACCAGGUCACUUACCAGAGCCAGUAUUACGCCCACCAACUGGGUUGCGAUCGGGAGGGUAUGGGUAUAUGUCAUUGCGCUGAGAGUACGUUCACAUCCGGACAGCCAUACCUCACACCCGGUCUCUACACCCCUUUAGACACCGAGUUUAGCGCAGAUAUCUAG